CCACACACACACACAGUUUACAUUACUAUCGCGGCGCAUUAGUUAAAAGAUACGGUUAUUAUCAGUUUCCCGAAGUUUUGUUUAUCUUAUCAUACGAUAUGAGAAUCGGCCAAGCAUUGCUCGGAGUACCUUCGAACACCUUGUUACAGGUACGAACUCAAGGAAAUUUGUUUUGCGCAGAAUUAUUCUUACGCCAUGGAGGAGUGGGGCGCCCAGCGGUCAUGACUUUGUUUAAGAGUGGGCUUAGAGGAGAACAAGUUGUAUGUUGGCAAAGGUUUUGGAAAAGGCAGUUGGCCACCUCCUCCAGGGUGCCACCGCGACUCUUUAAUUCACACUUGCGAAGGGAAGCCCUCAAGAUGACGAAUAGGAUUCCCCAAGACUUUGAUUGUUUCCUUGUUUUAGACUUUGAGGCAACAUGUGAACAGGAUAAAUUAAUUCAGCCACAGGAAAUAAUUGAAUUCCCAGUGUUGAAAAUAAAUUCAAGGUCAUUAGAAAUAGAAUCAACUUUCCAUGAGUUUAUUAAGCCUGUCCACAACCCAAAACUGACAGACUUUUGCAUAAGACUAACGACUAUUUCACAAGCUGAGGUGGACAAUGGCAAGCCAUUCCACACAGUGAUGCACUUGUUUGACACUUGGAUCAAGGAGGAAAUCGGUCUAGACAAAAACUUCCUAUUUGUUACAUGUGGAGACUGGGAUCUUAAGACUAUGCUGCCAAGUCAGUGCCAGAAUGAGAACAUUCAGGUACCUAAUUAUUGCAAGAAGUGGCAUAAUAUUAAAAAGUCUUACUCAUUAAUGACAGGGCGCUAUAUUAAGGGUAUGAUGCCUAUGAUUAUGGGGCUGAAACUACAACAUAUAGGACAACUUCAUAGAGGUUUGGGUAAGUUCAGAUGAUUGUAAAAACAUCGCAAACAUCCUGCGAGCACUGGCAGACAGAGGUUGCAAAUUUCAGCCAACCAAUUAUAUUGAAUAGACCUGCAGAUAUUUUGAAUGUUCAAAUUUUUACAUUAGAGACUAUCAACCCUCACACAGAGGCACUUCCUAAGAUUGUGCACACAAUUGAAGUGCCUCAAUGGAAAAUAAGUUACUAGUUUACUUAUUACUAUUGACAUACUUUAACCAUGCUACCAGGAAAAAGUAGUAGCAGUGUGAAAUGUCUCUACAAAUAUGGCUCCACAAGUGCUUAACCACCAAGGAGUCAGUAGCGCUUAUAAUCUCACCUGAUUUCACACUUUUGUUAUAGACAUAAGUAUUAUAAUGUUAUCAGCAUUACCAAUAGCAAUAUAAGAUAAAAGAGAGUAUUUCUAAAAAUCAAGGAAAAGGAUAAGCAGGUGAGAUAAUUAGCACUAGUUAAUGACAUUGGGGACUCAAGCUAUCUAUGUAUAAAGACAGUAAACUAAUAGUGGGCAUGGUAUGUCCCAGUGGUAUCAGGUUAAAGAUAGUAGUUGAGAGCCUUCUGGGAUGGGCUCAUUUUUUCUUAAUGUCUUUGUCUUCUUGUGGUGUCAUGACACUGAAGGUGAUUUUAGGAAAUUGUGUAUAGUUGAUGUUUAAUUAUUUUUUCUCACUGGUCAGUCUUGCAGCUUUCUGUAUACAGUAAAUUUCUUUUCAUUGAUUCAGUACAUUACUUUGUGUUCCCAUUGUCAAUAAACAGAUUUUAUAGAUAAUAGAUUGAUUUUACACUCUUGUAAUUUGAAUUUCUACUGUUUAUAUAAAAGUAUCUACUUAUACAUUUUUAUAAAUUAUUCAUAGGCUGAAAAAAAAAUGUUAUUGAGCAGUUCCUUACCAAGAAUAUUGAUAAAUAAAAAUAAGAUACAUUUAUAUGAAGAAAAGAAAAGUUG